GCCCCCUCAAUAGGAAUGACCAACGGGGGCGUUGCUAGUGGGUGGAGCCUGUCUCAGGCUCGACCCAGUUUGAAAGUGAACCAACGGCUCCAGUCGCAGCUUCAACCCCAAACAACAACAAGAACCCGAGACCCGGAGAACCAGACUCGGUCCAGUCCGUUUCACCUGCAGCCGGCCCUCCUGACGACACUGCCUCGGCUCUCCGUCCCCCUCACUCUUCUUCUUCUGUGGUGGUUCUUCAGGCCGCCACGAUGAUGCGUAAAGACAUCAACAAGCCGAAGGGGAAGACGUCGGCGUACGCCUUCUUCGUGCAGACGUGUCGAGAGGAGCACCGCAAGAAGAACCCCGAGCAGUCGGUCAACUUCGCCGAGUUCUCCAAGAAGUGCUCCGAGAGGUGGAAGGCUCUGUCUCCCAGUGAUAAGAAGUGUUUCGAGGACAUGGCCAAAGCUGACAAGGUGCGCUACAACCGUGAGAUGAAAGACUACGUCCCCCCCAAAGGCUUCGGAAAGAGGGGCCGCAAGAGGAAAGACCCCAACGCCCCCAAAAGACCCCGUAAGACCCCAAACACACUCUGAAGGUCCAGGUAGCAC